UGCACUAUUUGUUUGUGUACACAAUUGUACACCCAUUGUCAUGCAAAUUUAAAACGACGGUCUUAAUAUCCUCUAAGCUUUUCAAAUGUAGGAAGAAAAACUUAGUUUUCGCUUUAGCUACCACUCAGACGACAACGGGUGCUAAUCGUGUACCUACUCUAUGCAACAUGGCGGACAAAGUGACUCUGGCUGAUGCGUUGUCUAAUGUUGAUGUGCUUGAUGAGCUGACAUUGCCUGAUGAACAACCUUGUAUCGAGGCUCAGCCAUGUUCAGUCGUAUAUCAGGUUAAUUUUGACACCAACUUUGAAGAUCGUAAUGGAUUUGUCACAGGUGUUGCCAAAUAUAUUGAAGAAGCAACAGUUCAUUCUAGCUUAAAUGAAUUGUUAGAGGAAGGAGUUGAGCAUGCUGUUAUGUUAUACACUUGGCGAUGCUGUUCAAGAGCUAUUCCUCAGCCCAAAUCAAAUGAGCAGCCCAAUCGAGUGGAAAUUUACGAAAAGACUGUUGAAGUUUUGGCACCAGAAGUGAACAAACUGCUGAACUUUAUGUACUUUCAGAGCAAAGCUAUUGAACGCUUCACCUCAGAGGUCAAAAGACUUUGUCACACUGAAAAACGUAAAGAUUUCAUUUCAGAGGCUUACAUGCUGACACUUGGGAAGUUUAUUAACAUGUUUGCAGUCCUAGAUGAACUUAAAAACAUGAAGUCCAGUGUAAAAAAUGAUUAUUCUACAUACAGAAGAGCUGCUCAGUUUCUGAAAGUCAUGGCUGACUCACAAACUCUUCAAGAAAGUCAAAACCUCUCUAUGUUCUUGGCAACUCAAAAUAAAAUCCGUGAUGCUGUGAAAGAGAACUUGGAGCGAGUUGCUGGCUUUGAAGACCUCCUUGCUGAUGUAGUGUCUCUGUGUGUGCAUAUGUUUGAGACUCGUCUCUAUCUUGCCCCCCAUGAAAAGCACAUGCUUGUAAAAGUUAUGGGUUUUGGGCUAUUCUUAAUGGAUGGUGAACCUAAGAGUUUGAGCAAAUUGGAUGAAAGAAAAAAACUAAACUUGGCAAAAAUUGAUAGGAUUUUUAAGAACUUGGAAGUGGUCCCACUAUUUGGUGACAUGCAAAUUGCUCCUUUUAACUACAUCAAACGAAGCAAAAACUUUGAACCUAGUAGGUGGCCAUUAUCUUCAUCAAAUAAUAUCAGCCCCCAGGCAGAUCUUAUGGUCCAUCUUCCUCAAAUUCGAGAAGAUCAUGUGAAAUACAUCAGUGAACUGGCCCGGUACAGCAAUGAGGUAACAACAACUUACAAGGAAUCAAGAACUGAUCUAGAGAAUAAGGAAACAGCAGACUUGGCUUUGAGAGGAUUGCAGCUUCUCUCUGAAUGGACAAGCGUUGUGACUGAAUUGUACUCUUGGAAACUUCUUCAUCCAACAGAUCAUCACCAAAAUAAGGAAUGCCCAGUUGAGGCUGAAGAGUAUGAGAGGGCAACUCGAUACAACUAUUCAGAAGAAGAGAAAUUUGCUCUUAUUGAGGUCAUUGCAAUGAUUAAAGGCCUGCAGGUCUUGAUGGCACGCAUUGAAAGUGUUUUACAGGAUGCUAUCAGAAGAACAAUUUAUGCAGAGCUGCAGGAUUUUGUUCAGCUGAUGCUGAGGGAACCUUUAAGAAAAGCUAUAAAAAACAAGAAGGAUCUCAUCAGAAGUAUUCUUGUAUCUGUUCGUGAGACAUGCGCUGAUUGGCAAAGAGGGGUUGAGCCGUCUGGUGAUCCUGCUCUGAAAGGCAAAAAAGACCCAGAAAGUGGAUUUGGUAUUAAAGUACCUCGACGUAAUGUUGGGCCUUCAUCAACACAGUUGUAUAUGGUGAGAACUAUGCUUGAAUCCCUUAUUGCUGACAAGUCGGGAGGAAAGCGUACUUUACGCAAAGACAUUGAUGGGCAGCAUUUGAUUCAAAUUGACCAGUUCCACAAAAUAUCAUUUUAUUGGAACCAUUUGCUGAAUUUUAGUGAAUCCUUGCAACAGUGCUGUGAUCUCUCACAGCUAUGGUAUAGAGAGUUCUAUUUGGAAAUGACUAUGGGGCGCCGCGUCCAUAAAUGCCUUGUUAAACACCAGCAUAAUGAUGAAUGCAAUGAUCUGAUAACCAUGGAAAAACGAAUCCAGUUUCCUAUUGAAAUGUCUAUGCCAUGGAUUCUUACUGACCAUAUUCUGAGAACAAAGGAUCCAUCUAUGAUGGAGUACGUUCUAUACCCCCUGGAUUUGUACAAUGAUAGUGCUCACUAUGCACUAACUGUAUUUAGAAAGCAGUUCUUAUAUGAUGAGGUGGAGGCAGAGGUGAAUUUGUGUUUUGAUCAAUUUGUCUAUAAACUCUCUGAACAAAUAUUUGCUCACUAUAAGCAAAUGGCCAGCAGUAUUCUCUUAGACAAAAGAUUUCGUGUGGAAUGUGCUGCAAUGGGGGCAUAUAUUCCUUAUCCAAGAGCAAAUCGUUAUGAAACACUUCUGAAACAACGUCAUGUGCAGUUACUUGGCCGAUCUAUUGAUUUAAAUAAGCUCAUCACUCAACGAAUCAAUGCUGAUAUGCAUAAGUCUCUUGAUCUUGCCAUUAGCAAGUUUGAAGCUGGAGAUAUUACUGGGAUUACGGAAUUAGAUGGUUUGCUUGAAGUCAAUCGUCUUUCACACAAGCUCCUCUCUCGUUACUUGGCUUUGGAUGAGUAUGAUGCAAUGUUCAGAGAAGCAAAUCACAAUGUACUUGCUCCUUAUGGCAGAAUAACACUGCAUGUGUUCUGGGAAUUAAACUAUGAUUUUCUCCCUAACUAUUGCUACAAUGCAGCCACAAACAGAUUUGUCAAGUGCCGAGGUAUUCAGUUCACACAACCAGUACACAGAGACAAACCUCCUCAAAUGGCUCAUCAUUAUUUGUGGGGUAGCAAACAACUUAAUGUAGCAUAUUCCACUGUUUAUGGCCAAUACACAGGUUUUGUGGGGCCUUAUCAUUUUCGUACAAUGUGCCGUCUCUUAGGAUAUCAGGGUAUAGCUGUUGUAAUGGAAGAGCUGUUGAAAAUUGUGAAGAGUCUAAUUCAAGGUAACUUGCUUCAGUUCACAAAGACCCUAAUGGAGGCAAUGCCUAAGGUGUGCAAGUUGCCGCGUUACGAUUAUGGCUCACCAGGUGUACUGGGGUACUACCAUGCACAACUCAAUGAUAUUGUACAGUACCCUGAUGCAAAAACUGAGCUUUUUCACAAUUUCCGCGAACUGGGAAACACAAUCCUCUUCUGUCUUCUCAUGGAACAGGCUCUUUCUCAGGAAGAAGUGUGUGACCUGCUGCAUGCUGCAGCUUUCCAGAACAUACUUCCUCGCCCAUUCUGCAAAGAUGGGGAGAAGCCAGAAUUCAAACAGAAAAGGCUUGAAGCAAAGUACGGGUCAAUGCAAAUUGUUCCCAACAUUGAACGUCUUGGGACAGCAAAGCAAGCAUUGAUAUCAAGAGAAGGUGACCUGUUGACAAGGGAGCGGCUAUGUUGUGGUCUUUCUAUAUUUGAAGUUGUUCUUACCCGACUUAAAAGCUUCCUGGAUGACCCUAUAUGGGUUGGCCCUCCACCAGCCAAUGGCGUGCUUAAUGUGGAAGAAUGUGCAGAAUUUCAACGGUUGUGGUCUGCUUUACAGUUUGUUUACUGUAUUCCAGUUGGGGACACAGAGUUUACUGUUGAAGAGUUGUUUGGUGAAGGAUUAAAUUGGGCAGGUUGCACGAUGAUAGUCUUGCUUGGUCAGCAGCGACGAUUUGAAGCUCUUGACUUUUGCUACCACAUCCUGAAAGUUCAACGGGUAGAUGGGAAAGAUGAAAACGUCAAGGGAAUUAAUCUUAAAAGAAUGGUUGAUCGGGUACGACGCUUCCAAGUGCUUAAUUCUCAAAUUUUUGCUAUUCUCAACAAGUUCCUGAAGGGCAGUGAAGUUGAUAAUUCAUCUAUUGAACAUGUUCGCUGCUUUCCUCCACCAGUGCAUCCAACUAUGUCCCACUAUCACCGCACUGAUCAUUACAAUCAAAGUGGACACUAUGCAUAAUGUAGAUCAUCCAUCAUUAGUUUUGUACUAUUUUCACUCAAUUUAUUUAUUUUCACUGACUUUAUUUAUAAAUGAUGCCUUCUAGGUGCCAACAAAGGGCAUUGACUUGCAAGUAAUUAAUUAUGUAGCUAUUUUUGCCAAAGAAUAUUCGUGAAGAUACUCCAUGUGACUGAAAAUAACUAAAUUCUUUUUAUGUCUUUUUGAGAACUUUUUCUCACUUCAUACUCUACCUUCUAGUUACCUUCAUGAAUUUUCAUGAGUAUUUUUUGCUGUCAGUAUAGUUCUUAUUUUUAGAAGAAGUAUGCUACGCUUUAAAAUCAUAAUUAUGCAUGUUUUAAAACUGCACACAUAAAAAAAAUGACUAUUGAUCAAUUGGAAUUGUUUUGUACAGUGUAUUGUCCUUAACAUUGUUCCUGAAAACAGUACUUAAAAUUAGAGACUCUGUAGUAAUUUGUUGCUUGAAGAAAGUGGUGAUUGUAAUGGUGAGUGAGCAUCCUUGUGAAGGUAGUGGAACUCCAAACUUGAGUUACAGUAUCAUUAAAAAAGUAGUACUAAUAAUUAUAGUUUAUGGGCCAUUGUUAUGAAUUUAGUCUCUUCCUAUUAUGUAUGAUCAUAGAUGGCAGUUUUUACAAAAAGCUAAAGCGUACUGCUGCAAAUAUUGAAACCAAAGUUUGACACAUUACAUCAAAGCACUUUUAAUUUACAUCCGCCGCUUAGCUUUCACUGUUUGUUAAGUGGGCACUGGUUAGCCAUGUGAGGGUUAGCACCCACUUCUCUUCCUAUUUUACUUAUUUAUUUUUGCAUGCUGAACCAUCUUUUAAAUUAGUUUAUUGACUUGUUUCUCUCUUGAGAUUUAUUUGCUAUGAUUGAUAAAUCCUAAAUAUUGUGAAGUGGUAUUUUUGUGCAGCUUUUUUUUUUGAUAUGCUAUUAGGUGGGGAGAGAUUUUUAAGGAGACUGUGAAGUGAAACAGAACAAAUGAUCUAGAAUCCUUGAUUUGACAUAAUUAUUUUUGCAAUCUAGGUAGAUAAUGGUUUCAGAGUAUGUAUCUCAGCUUAUUUGCUUGAAACUGUGUUACCUUUAAUUAUAUGUUUCAAAGCACCAGCCUCAUAUGUAUUAUUAUUAUUUUGUCAAGAAUUUCUAUUAACUUGAUUGUGUAAUGAAUGCACUGUGUUCAAUUUGACCUCAACAUAUUCCUCGUUAAUUGUGUUUUCAAAACUACAAAAAAUCCUAAUUAAUUAACCCA